UCUUCUAGGUGUGGAGGUGAGCACAUUUUCUCCCAGGGAUACUCCAGAAUUCAUGACUCUGCAUCCUUGCCCACCCUGUACCAGCACCAACAUUCUUCUCCCAGUGCGGUUUGUUUUUAAUUCAGAUUUAUCCAUUUUAAAAGAAUCUACAUUCCCUGCCGUGUUUUCUCUUUCCCUCCCUUCCCACAUUCCUCCUUUUUCUUAAAAAUUAUAAUAUUCCUUGCCGGGUAUGUAAGAGCACUCUGAGAGAGCCUGAGAAAACGGUGUGUUCAUGGUUACCUGCCGCCUAGACUAUGUCCUGGAGAGUUGUUUGGACAUACCAGUGAGAAAUGGCAGGUGGAAAUUAAGCCUGCCCCAGCAGACCUGCUUUCUUGGGAAAGACUUAGAGAAUUGCAGUUUUCUUGCCUGGCUUUCCUUCCAGCAAAGACUCCUCCCAGGCUCAGGCAGGUAGGUUUUCAUUUGCUCAUGGGACCAAGCUUGAAAGGCAGGCUCAGAUGGCUGCAAACCUGACCACAGAGCCUAGAACCGCUAAGGAGAGUUCAGGAAAUGCGUCUUCCAAGACCAAGAGUAAGCAAGCCGGGACUCAGCUCCUAUAUGUCGGGAGCUGUGUCUGCAGUGCGGGGGCCCAGGGGAGCCGGCUGUGAAAUUGCUUAGCGGCUCUCAGCCAGGCCUGAAAUGGGUUCCCUUUUAACUCCCUCACUGGUUCUGGGACCGCAAACUAGCACAGUCCCCUAGUCCAGUCUUUGCCUGGCUCUCAGGCUGCGCGCGCUGCGCUCCCUCCUGGCGGCGCCUCAGACUCCCGGAUCUGGCCAGCUAGGCCACCUCCUGGAGGGGCGCAAAACCCUGGACCGGGUCUCUCGUGGACGCCUUUCCCAGGACACGGAUGGACCGCGGGGGGCAGGAUCGCAGUUGGGAGACAGACAAGAGGAGAGAAAAGGAGCGACAGAAGCAUGACACCAGCAGACAAGGGUGAGAACAGCGACCGAAUGGCCAGAUGUGGAGGGAGAAUUGUCCGGACUCGCGCGGGAGAGAAACUUCAGGAAGCCUGUCUAAAGCGGGGCUUCUACCGGAGAAUGCGAACUCAUGCUUCCCACUAAAGAAAACCAUGAGAAGAGAAACUGAUCAGGAUCUGAAGCGAAGGAGCGAGGAUAAAGGAGAAAGCACUGGUUAGAGGAUAGUUAAAAGAGAAAGCACUGGUUAGUGGAAUUCUCGAUCUUCGAGAGGGAAACAAGAAAAAAAAAGUGCGUUGUCGCCCCCCCCCUUCCCCACCCCCAAGUUCAGGACGGAAAGCAAUUCUGGGCUCCACAGGGGCAGCCACCUCCUGUACCGGCCAAGAAGGCCAGGCCUCUCAGGCAGGUUUGAGAACCCAGUUGGGGCCCAGACUUCUCUUUCAAGGAAGCGGGCAUCAAAGAGCCCCUCACCUUCGGGGGACUGUCCUGUGUGCGCGCUUUCCAGGAAAGCGCGUCGCCUUUAGAAACUAGAAAUACGGAUGCAGCCCCAAUAUAUUGUAAGCCCGAGGGAGACUUCCUUUGCAUGUAGAAUUAAAAUUGGUGCACUGAAAAUCUUUAAAACCAAACAAAAACGAAACUGAAAGAAUAAAGAAGCAAAGGUUGACUUCAUCUCGCCCUUCUGUCUUGAUGACCAAGAACAUGCACAUGCCAGAAAGUCCUGGCUGCUAAUAGAAUAGGAUAUGACUUGAUACAUCGAAACUUACUUACAUUUUAAAUUUUCCUUCAUUAAAGUAAACCCACUUUAAAAGUGAAUGUUUCGUUUUAUUUAAGAUAAAAAAAAAAUCUGCACGCACCUAAAUGGCAGCUUAUUUUUGGGCCCCAAACUUAAACCACGGAAGACAUAGUUGAAAUAGAAAAUAGUCAUGAGAGCUCUAGUUUUGUUGAAAUGCCCUUGUAUUAUUGCUUUCCUUCUUUCCCGAAUAAAACAGGCAUGGAAAGAGAUAGAUCUGGUCGCUGGCGGGGCGUCAGCCACGCGUCGGUGGCACGGUGGCAGCACCAGGUUUCCGCAGCUGGGCCUCAGCCGGCAGGCGCGGGCCACAGCGCCCCCUCGCCGCCUGCCGCGCGACUUUAGAUCUAGUCGCCUCCUGAAAACCAUGGAACAGGACAGUAUCAGGCCAGCGCCUGGGCCUUCAAAACCAGUUUAGUACCCAGAAAGAUCUUCCAUUCCUAGCCUUAAUAUUUGGCCCACAAGUGGCCUCCACGGAAAACGGGGGCAACUUGAAAGAGUCGCUAGCCAGGGCCAACUCUAAAUAUUUCCACUUCUGUUUGUGUGAGGACCAUAGUAACAUGGUUUGUUUUUAACUCCACUACAUACGUGAGGGAGGGUACACAGCAUGUACCCACAGCCUGGACAACCACCACAAGAGACCGCUUUCUAAGCAGUCAACCGAUUUCGCUACAUUUCAUACAUUGUUCACUCCAUGUAUGUAGCUGGAGAAAGAGGAGCCAAGCACCUGGAUUCCCAAGAGACAUCUGAACUCUCCUCCUACCCUGAAGCACAGAAUCCAGGCCUCUUUUGAAGUUGGAAACCAAGAGCAGUUUGGGGUAACCCUGUCACCCCAGUAGCAGUGAUGAUUAUCUGCCCAGGCGCUAUACUUGGAAAGUAAAUUUUCCUCCUUGAUUUUUUGUUGUUGUUGUUGUUCUUGUUGGUGGUGGUGUGGUUUUUUUGUUGUUUUGUUUUGUUUUUAAGAUUAAUGCAACUUUAACCUAAGAGAAGAAAAAUAGGGCUUUCCAGAGUUUGGGAUCAUUCGUGUAAACCAGAGUUUUAAUGCGCCAAUAACAAUGGGAACUCACGAGCUAAUGUCCCUGUAUAGGCAUUUUAAUGUGCCACAGUCACUACCAAUAAAAUCGGCAUGUAGUCAGAUUCGACUGUUUAAUUACACGAGGUAGGCUGUUUUUAUUAGUAACAGACAGCAGUAUGGACAUUUUAAAUUUUGGUGAAAGAUAAUUCGUGGAGGAAAUACGGGAGGUCUUGGUCUUGAUAGGUUGUACUGAGCAAUAAUAGGGUUGUACUUUCUCAAUGUCUGUGGGCAGGACGAGGCCCUCCAAAGUCAAGCACAUUUGUAUGGUUAUGUAAUUAAUGUCUGAAUCAGCUGCAUAUAGGCAUAAGAACCUGCUCCAUUCUACUGAUAUAUAUAGAGAGAAAGAUGUGUGUGUGUGUGUAUACACACAUGUAUAUGUAUAUACAUACUUAUGUAUAUACACGUACAUAUGUAUAUAUACAUAUACACACAUAUAUGUAUAAACACACACUGCUUUCUCCUCCAUACAUACCUGGCACAAGUCACAAGGAAAAGGUAGGGUAAACUCCACUGAAAUUGAAACCAGGACAGGAAACUAAUCUUUAGAAAAGAUUAAGAUCUGGACAAUCAUUCUCCUGGUAAAAAUUAGAUACUUCAUAUAAAAGACUGAAACCAACCUAAUUGGAAGCUAAGAGCCUUAGUCUGACUUGUGGUUGUUUCCAGUACAGGACAUCUCACCUAGGGCCCCUUCCCAAAAGAAUCUCUUCCUGCGAAAACAAAAAUGUCUGAAUAAACUGAUCUGGCUCCACCCAGAUGCCCUGUUCUGGGGUGCUAGCGUGGUGACCUCUUCCUUCCCUUCCCUUCCCUUCCCUUCCCUUCCCUUCCCUUCCCUUCCCUUCCCUUCCCUUCCCUUCCCUUCCCUUCCCUCCCCCUCCCUUGAAUGAGUAUGCCCCACCCAGGGUCUUUUCUGUAGAUGCUAGACAGUAAAUAACUCAGGGUAUAAAGGGGAGUGGGCUCUGCACAGGCACCGAGACUGCUGAAAGGGGUUCAGAAGUUCUGGGGGGUGGCGGGGGGGGGGGCAAUAAGGGGAGGGUGUAUGGUGGUGGCAGUGUUUGAGUAGAGUGCCUGGAAAGUUCCUACCAAAAGUGAUAAAUUUGCUUGCCUGCCUGCCCGGGAAAAAUUGUCUCCAGUCCAUCACUACAAUUGAUCCCUGGUUCCCUGGGACCUGGACAAGACAAAAAGCAGCCUGGCUGACUACAGCAUUCAUUCGGUGUCACGGAUCUGGCUGCUGCAGGAGCUGGAGCGCCACGAUCCAGGCCUAAGCAGAAGCCAGGCGCUCACAGGCAGGAGAACUCUGCCGCCCUCUACUAGCUUCAGAGCCCACCGAGAAUAAAAUGGAAGCUCAGGCCCGCGCGCCAGGUUUCAGAGUCCUCGUGCUCUACCUAGCAAGCUUCAAGGAGACACCUGUUGGGCGGGCGCCCCCUCCCGGGCCAGCUCACACCUGACCCCUACGAAUCCCAAGCGCCCCCCAUUGACGCUCCUUUACAUCCAGCGUACUAGUGCCCAUCCUGGCCAUCGACUCCCCUCACUUGGGGAAAGGGAGCAGGUAUGGUCGAGAAAGUUUAGGGGCUGGGACCUAAGGGCUCAAGGGACCCGCGAGUCAACUCCUGGACCUCAGGUUACCUGAACCACCUCACGACUGCGACACUUCACAAGCUGGCCCAUGUCCUUUCGGGAAGUGGCAGUGGAUACUCUAGCAAAGUCAAGUCAGCUCUCCUGACAGGAACCUCUCCCCCAAUUUCGAACAGGCAUUCAACUUAACAAAAGAAAACAAAAACUCUUUUUGGACCAGAGUGGCGUUUGUUGAAGCGAGUCACUCACUGGCGUGUUCCAGACGUUAACGGACAUGAUGUUCCUAACACGGCCUGAAAUCUUCUCUGUGGACUUGGACAGAAGCCUCACCACGGGGCCUCCCACAGCUUCAAACCGAAACGCUCAGAUUCCGGGUAGAUGCUUGGCAGCCCAGGCACCAGGAGCAGGAGACCGGACGGGAAGCCACACGGGCAGCCUCAGCCUGGAGUACAGGCGGACAGAGGACUGUAGAAGUGGGAUGCCCAGGCAACUCUGCAGGUGUCUCCACACUGCCCUCCAUCUCCCUGCGGUGUCUGCCCUGGACACCGCAUGCGACCUGGGCUGCUAUCUUCAGGGUGAUGAGGGGUGCCCGAUCCGUAUGUUCUCCAGGUGGAUCGGACCUGGCCCGACUGCAGGAGGCCUUUGCUGACCAGUGCUAGGCGAGCAAGAGCGCCGGCAGUGCCCGGAUGGGGCCCCGGGAAGGAGAAAGGGCUCGCCAUACGACACGCACACCACCGGAAUGACUGGCGCCAUCAGCUACCAUCCAUAUGGCAGUGCGGCCUAUCCAUACCAGCUCAACGACCCCGCGUACCGUAAGAACGCUACGCGGGACGCCACUGCCACACUGAAAGCCUGGCUCAACGAACACCGAAAGAACCCGUACCCCACCAAGGGAGAGAAGAUCAUGCUGGCCAUUAUCACCAAGAUGACCCUCACGCAGGUCUCCACCUGGUUCGCCAACGCGCGCCGACGUCUCAAGAAGGAGAACAAAAUGACCUGGGCCCCAAGGAACAAAAGCGAGGAUGAGGACGAGGACGAGGGAGAUGCUUCCAGAAGCAAGGAGGAGAGUUCAGACAAGGCACAGGAUGGCACAGAGACCUCUGCGGAGGACGAAGGGAUCAGUCUACACGUCGACUCGCUCACGGACCACUCGUGCUCAGCGGAGUCAGAUGGGGAAAAAUUGCCCUGCCGCGCCGGGGAUGCCUUGUGCGAAUCAGGCUCAGAGUGUAAGGACAAGUUUGAGGACCUGGAGGACGAGGAGGACGAGGAAGACGAGUGCGAGCGGGACCUGGCGCCACCCAAGCCCGUAACCUCCUCGCCUCUCACCGGCGUGGAGGCACCCCUGCUGAGCCCGGCGCCCGAAGCCGCGCCGCGCGGUGGCAGCGGUGGCAAGACGCCCCUAGGCAGCCGGACGUCGCCAGGAGCGCCGCCGCCCGCCAGCAAACCCAAGCUGUGGUCGCUGGCCGAGAUAGCCACGUCGGACCUCAAGCAACCAAGCUUGGGCCCGGGUUGCGGGCCUCCGGGGCUGCCUGCUGCCGCCGCGCCUGCCUCGACUGGGGCCCCUCCGGGAGGCUCGCCCUACUCUGCUUCGCCCCUGCUGGGCCGCCACCUCUAUUACACGUCCCCUUUCUAUGGCAACUACACAAACUACGGGAACUUAAACGCAGCGCUGCAAGGCCAGGGCCUUCUGCGGUACAAUACCGCGGCCUCCUCACCAGGCGAGACACUGCACGCCAUGCCCAAGGCGGCCAGCGACACGGGCAAGGCGGGCUCGCAUUCACUGGAGUCCCACUACAGGCCUCCGGGCGGCGGCUACGAGCCCAAGAAAGAUACCAGUGAGGGCUGUGCAGUUGUUGGUGCAGGCGUCCAGACCUACCUAUAGGAGGGCCAAGGUCAGCAGUGCAAGUAGGUGUCACAAUUGCUUUGGAAAAAAAAGUCAGGAGGCUAUUCUCCCUUCCCAAGUUCAUAAAUACACAGAUACAAACCCCAGAUGUGGAAACCCGGACCACAUUUUGUGCCACUGUAUAAGAGGAUGCACACUGCACUGCCAACCCACAGACUCUAAGGACUGGACACACGUUGUUUGGGCAUAUGAGAACUUGUUGUCAUAGUAUAGCUUCCCUAUGUUUGUGUGACUUUUGGAAACAAUCUGUUUUUUCUCAGGAUAUCCUCAUCACUUCAUUGCCACGGUAUAUAUUCUAUAGGUGUGAUAGGACUUGCUGUAAAAUUUAUUUGUAAAAAAAAAUGUACACGGUAGAACUAACGUGAUUGAAGAACUUGAGUCCUUCAGAAGUGGAAACAAAUUUGAUAUUUAUUUUUAUAAUGAUAUAAAGCUUCUAGUAAUUUAUGCAAGUUGUAUUGCAAUGAAAUCUAAAACUUUUGUAAAUAAAUUCUGCCUGGUUUUUAUUUGAACAUUGCUGGUUAUACAAUCUCUGUUGGUUGUUUAACAUCAGUUCUCCUAUUAAUUUAUAUCUAAAACUGUAAAUAAAAACAGACGCGCCUACAAGAAAAUGGUGUUUGGGGCUCAUUUUUACUGGAGACCCAUUUGGGUAGAAGCUCCAGCGGUAGCCCUGGUUCCUGCCCCAAAGGUGGUCCUACCUCACCUUUUAAGUGAAGAGCCAGUGAAAUAAACGUCCUUCUUGAGCUUAUUUGAAAAACUGCAGACCUGAGAGAAAUUAAUGUACAACAGGGAGAUACCUACGGUUCCAGUUUAUUCACAUAGAAAUGUGUUUCCAGAAAGUAAUUCAGGUUUUUUUUUGUUCUCUGAAUAUGCAAAUCCCUACUUAGUGUAAAUUUCUAAAACAUGGAAGAAAACAAAAUAAAAGGAUAUGCCACCUC